GGAGCGGCGCGUGCGGCCGGAGCCGGAGCGGAUCCCGGAGCCGGGGCGGAGCGGGCCGAGCCGGCCGAGCCAGCAGCCGAGCUGGGGGCGCGGGCGGGCGGCAUGUACCGGGCCCGGGCGGCGCGGGCGGGGCCGGAGCCCGGCAGCCCGGGGCGCUUUGGGAUCCUCAGCACCGGGCAGCUCCGGGACCUGCUUCAGGAUGAGCCCAAGCUGGACCGGAUCGUGCGGCUCAGCAGGAAGUUCCAGGGCCUGCAGCUGGAGCGUGAGGCCUGCUUGGCCUCCAACUACGCGCUGGCCAAGGAGAACCUGGCGCUGAGGCCCCGCCUGGAGAUGGGCCGGGCUGCCCUGGCCAUCAAAUACCAGGAACUUCGAGAGGUGGCCGAGAAUUGCGCUGACAAGCUGCAGCGGCUGGAGGAGAGCAUGCAUCGCUGGAGUCCCCACUGCGCACUGGGCUGGCUGCAGGCUGAGCUAGAAGAGGCGGAGCAGGAGGCAGAGGAGCAGAUGGAGCAGCUGCUGCUGGGGGAGCAAGGCCUGGAGACCUUCCUGCCCGCCUUCCAGCGUGGCCGUGCCCUGGCCCACCUGAGGCGGACGCAGGCGGAGAAGCUGCAGGAGCUGCUGCGGCGUCGCGAGCGCUCUGCCCAGCCGGCCCCCACCUCGGCGGCCGAUCCCCCCAAAUCCUUCCCGGCUGCAGCUGUCCUGCCCACUGGGGCUGCCCGGGGGCCACCAGCAGUGCCCCGGAGCCUGCCCCCCUUGGACUCCCGCCCAGUGCCCCCACUGAAGGGCUCCCCCGGGUGCCCCCUCGGCCCGGCCCCUCUGCUGAGCCCUCGGCCCUCGCAGCCAGAGCCCCCCCACCGGUAGGAUCCAGGGCGUGGCCCCCCAGUGGGGGGUCCUAGACAAACUUGAUGCGUGGCUCCUCCUCCUCCCCCACUGCCUGGGUGGGGGGAGGGGCAGGCCCCUCCCCCUGGCCUCAGGCAGGCCCUGGCCCUGGAGGCUGAGCUGGGGAGGAGGGUCGCCUGGACGAGGCCCGAGAGGGGGCUGGGUGGGGGUGGGCAGGGGGUUACGCCUCUGGCGCUGAAGACACCCCUGCCUUUUUUGUUUCCCUGGCCCGGGGCCUCCAGGGUGGUGGACCAGCCCCGUAAAAGAACUUGACUCACCUGUGGGGGCCUGGGAAGAUGCCUGCGCCCCCCAGGGGCCCUGCCAAGGGGACCGUCGCACCCCGCCACUCCACUGGGCUCGCACAACGCCAAGCCAAGGCCGCCAGGAGUGUUUUACAUCAUGUCCUGAGCCUACCCUUCCUCCAAAUUCUGGGGCCCACGGCCUAGGAGCCAGGUGGUCAGGCCUUGGCUGUGGGGCCAGGGACACGGUGGCCCUGGGGCUGCUACGUGCCCCGCACAUGCUCCAGACCCUGGGGCCAAGGUAGACCAGGGGCUUCUGACCUGCGCAGGUGAGUGGGCCAUCCCCAGGAAAGACCAUUCUGUAUUUUUCUGUCCCUGUCUCCUUAGAAUGGAAGCUUUUUGAGGGCAGGUCCUUGUCUUUGUACGUUCUGUCCCCAGCCCCGCCUCUUAGGGGCCGUCAAUAAAUGUGAUGAUGAGGAUGA